AAGUUUACCAAAUAGGUUUUUAAGUUAGAAAAAAUCGUUUUCACAUUUUCCAAACAAACCCUAAGCAUCUUGUUUGAUUUUGUAAUUUAAUUGGAUGAAAAGUGAAAGUCUGCAUUUCUUCCAUUAGUUUUUAGGAGGAAAAAAGGGAAGUGGGUGCAUGAUUCACUGAUUCGGUUUUGGGGUGGAAUAACAUUACAGCAGUGAAGUUUUAUCAUAGGCCGAUCUUCUUUCUCUUGGCGUGUCUUAUCAUCAGUCUCUACGCAAAUAAGGAAGCCUUGGGAGAAGAAAGCCAUCGAAAUCCAUUCUUCUGGAUCCAACUCCUGGGGCCUUUGUGGUAAAAAUGAAGACCUUUGUGGUUUCGUUAUUGAUGGUUUUGCUCGUGGUGUCUCGGGUUCCGUAUAGGACGGCCUUGCCAUCCACUGUUCCGGCAUUUCUGUGGUCCCAUCACCAAUUUGAAAUGAAGGAAGCUGUUAAUUAUCAGACACUCUAUCCAAAGGAUUUAGCCAAGUCUGUUGUGUCUGAAGGGGGCUGGUCAAACUUGCUGUGCUCUGGGGAGAAAGAUCAGCAGCCUGUGGAUCUUGCACUUGUUUUUGUUGGUAGAGAGUUGUCAUCUUUAGAUAUUUCUGGAAGCAAACAUGCAGACCCAGCACUUGUGGACUUGCUUAAGGUUUCUUUCGCAAGGUCCAAUUUUUCCAUGGCAUUCCCUUAUGUUGCUGUAUCAGAGGAGAAAGAGGCAAUGGAAAAUUCUCUGAUCUCGGGUUUUACAGAAACUUGUGGACAUGAUCUUGGUGUCAGCAAUGUUGCUUUCCUGGAGUCAUGCUCUGUAGAGGGUGGAAAUUUUAAAAAACUUGCAGACCUGCACUCAGUCCAUGAUUAUCUGGUUUCAAGGAGGAAAAUGAGGCCAGUGGGUCCCACAGAUUUGGUUAUGUUCUGCCAUGGUGGCUCUCAUUUGGAAGAACUUGACCAACGUCUUGAAAGUGAAGUGUUCUCUGAGCUUAUCAGUUCUUUGGAGCAGUCGGGGACAAAAUAUACAGUUCUAUAUGUUUCAGAUCCAUUUAGGUCAAUUCAAUAUCCUUCUUACAGGGACCUGGAGAGGUUUCUUGCUGAAGGUACCUAUGGAAAUGGUUCAGCCAAUUCCACAACCUGUGAUGAAGUUUGCCAGAUUAAGUCAUCGCUUCUGGAGGGACUUUUAGUUGUGAAGGAGAUAAUAGCGUCUCAGGGACAAUGAUAAAUGCUUUUGGAGUUCAGGCAGCACUGGUUAAGACCCAAAUCCCUUGGCAAGAAAAGGAGCUACUACUUUGGAGACUUUAGUGAUUUAAAGUCUGUAUGUAAACUUUGUUUCUUUGUGUUUUCAUUCCUUCUGAAACUGUAUCUUCUUUUUUUCUUUUUAUCACUCAUCUUCUCUGAGAGAUCUGUUUUCUUCUCAUCUUGUCUUUUAGUGCACUUGGAAGUGGCCAGCAGUGUAAUCUGAUUUGACAUGAAAGAUUUUGUUUUCCUAAGUGGAAUUCUUUUUUUUCUUUUGUGGAAUUGGUGGCCUUGAAAAUCCUGAAACUGCAAUAGUGCUCUCUUUCACUGAUUGUCUUGGUUUUAUGUUUUUAUUUUUAUUUUUAUAUAACUAAUGAGGGAAUUCUGAUAUUCUCACAUCUCAUGAUUUUCAGGGAAUUGUUUUGCUUAUAAUCUUGAUAUCUGGACUCUGCUGUAUGAUGGGUAUUGACACUCCAACAAGGUUUGAGGCUCCCCAAGAUUCUUGAUCUGUUGAUUGUGCAGGACAAUGUUUUUCUGCUGUGGCACUGGGGCCUUCCAUUUCAGGUGCUGUUGAGGUUCCAGUUGUUUAAUAUUUGGUUUUCAAGGGGCGGAGAUAUGACAUUGUAAUAGUUGUUUUCUAUUUAGAGGGCGUUUUAUAAUGUCUACUUGAAUGAUAAGAGUAUGAUUUUAUCAUCAAUCACACCAUCUUCUCUUGGGUGUC